GCCAAGGGUCAAGGCAAGCUCUCUUCCAAACAUUCUCCCAGAACAGACGUUGCCUGCAUGUAAAAGAAGUGAAUAAGGACUGGGAAAAUUAUUUUCUAUUAGGAGCAUCUAAAAUCAUUUCCAAGUACAGAAUUAGAGCCUUUUGCAGAAUAUUACCAUGGUGAGGAACAUUGAUGACUUCGAUUUUUGCCUUCCAUCCCAUCCUCAAUCUAUUCUGGAAGGAUUACAGACCUUACGUUCCAACCCAAAACUCUCGGAUGUCACUUUGAUUGUUGGGGAAUAUGAAUUCCCUUGCCACCGCAGUAUCCUGGCCCUCUGUAGUCAGUACUUCAAUGCUAUGUUUUCAGGUGACUUUAUGGAAAGCUUUUCAGCACGUGUAGAGAUCAAAGAAGUAGAUCCCAUCACUAUGGAGUCCUUGCUUAAUUUUGCUUACACAGGAAAAGUGACUAUCAAUCAGGGGAACGUGGAAGCCUUGAUUAGGACAUCCAGCCAACUCCAUUUCCCCAUCAUCCAGAAAGUUUGCAGUCGGUACUUGAGACAGCAGAUGGAUGCAACUAACUGUUUGGGCAUUUGUGAGUUUGGAGAGAUGCAUGGCUGUUCGGAGAUUUCAUCUGAGGCGUGGUCAUUUUUGCAAGAAAAUUUUGAACUUGUAUCUCAACAGGAAGAGUUUCUUCAACUAUCCAAAGAGAGGCUAAUUAUUUAUCUGUCAAACAACCUACUGCAAGUACAAAAAGAACAGAGCUUAGUUGAAGCUGUGUUCAGGUGGGUCAAGUAUGAAAAAUUGGCCAGAGUGGUGCACCUUCCAGAGCUUCUUGACUUAGUGCAUUUGGUUUCAUUGCCAGAUCAGUAUCUGCAAAACAUGUUGUCAUCUGAACCACUGAUUCAAGAAUCAGAAGCUUGCCAGGCUAUCAUUGCUAGACAUCGGAGCACGGCAGAGAAUAAGCCCUUUGUCCAGCAGAGACUGAAGGCUCUUCCACAGAAGCUAGAAGAGGUGCUGGUGGUUGUGGGAGGCAGAGCUUUGGAAGAAAAUGAUGAAGAUGAAGAGCCACUACACUUCUCCAGAAAUUUUGCUUUUUAUAAUACUAACACUAAAACAUGGAUUGCUUUGCCUGAUUUUCCAGAUUAUAAUAAAUGGGGCUUUUCUAUGAUUGCUCUGAACAACAACAUUUACAUUACAGGUGGCUCCAGAGGUUCACAAAAUGACACCUGGUCUACAACACAGUCUUGGUGCUUCUGCCUUAAGAAUGGUGUCUGGAAGUCCAUUGCUCCAAUGCUGAAGCCGCGAACAAAUCAUGCCAAUGCUGUUCUCAAUGGAGAGAUCUAUGCCAUUGGUGGAACCACUAUGGACAUUGUGGAAGUAGAAUGCUAUGAUCCUUAUAAUGACAGCUGGUGCUUUGUCAGUCCUGCUUUGAAGUAUGUCAGUAAUUUUGCUGUAGCCGGAUGUCUUGGGAAGUUGUACCUCAUUGGUUCUUGUGCUAUCAAAUACAAUACAUUGACCCUCCAAUGUUACAACCCUGCUAUUGAUGUCUGGAGUAUAAUUGCAUCUCCCUUUCUCCCCAAGUAUCUCUCUGCUCCUUGCUGUGCCUCUUUGCAUGGAGUCAUUUACCUUAUUGGUGAUAAUACAAAGAAAGUCUAUGUGUACGAUCCGGAUGCUAACAUAUGGCAGAAGGUGCAGCAGCUUCAUACUUUGCAUGAAAAUGGUGGAAUGGUACCACUUGGUGGUAAGCUCUUUGUCACCGGUGGCUACUGGAAAGGUAUGGAUGGUGACUAUCAAGUGGAGAUGGAAAUGUAUGAUUGUGCCAAGGAUGUUUGGACAAGGGAAGGGUCACUUCCUUGUUUAUGGCUCUACCAUGCAUCUUCUUCUAUCUUCAUGGAUACUUCCAAGUGGAGAGAACCUUUCCAGUCAUGAGUCUGUGGAGAUUCUCCAUCAUCCAGGUUGUGGUUGUCCCAAAGGUGUUUUUCAGGAGGCAACUGGACUUUCUUGUUUUUUUUUCUUUUGAAGAAGUUU